GGUUGUUGUUGUGAUAAUCUUACACAGAAACGCGGAUAACAUUAUCCAAAUUUUACGGUAUCUGACCAUCGGUCAGUGUAUACUGUAAACUGUGCGUUACAUAAUGCUUCUUCCACCAUUACAUUAAAGACUCUGUGCAUUACAUAUUUACGUACACAAUUCAAAUGCAAGUCCUACCUGUUGAAUAAUCGUGUUUAUUUAUGCUGUAAUUAACUUAAUUGUUUUGCUGACGGAUCGACAGCAUAGCGGUGGCUUCGAUCAAUUAGCUUACGUUGACUGACUUUGGCGUGUGUGGUUUUGAUUGGGUCUCCGAAGCGUUGCGUUAUUAUGCGCAGACGAAAAUCGUUUUGAUAUUUAAUAAUUACAUUGAUUGGUCUUUUCGAAUGUGCACGUUUUCAAGGGCAUCCCGUGUUAUGACCAUUAUGGUGGGGUAGCAUAAUUGAGGUCUAGCACUCAGUCCUCAUGCAAACAGUCUGUACUAAGACCCGUAAAAUCUUUAUAAAUCCGUAGAGAUGGAAGGUAUCAAUGUGGAGUUUACAAACAUAUCUUCAAACGUGAAUAUUUGGGAUUCUAGGGCGAUGAAGACCUUUAGGCCUGAGAAAAAAACCAUUUUAAACAAUGUCAGUGGUUUGUUCCGCAGAAACCAAGUGGGGGCCAUAGUAGGAUGUUCAGGUUCUGGAAAAUCAACCCUUAUGAACAUUUUAUCGGGUUAUAUGUCAAGUGGUUACCAGGGAACUGUAACUUUAAAUGGAGCACAGCGAGAUUUGCUAUCAUUUAGGAAUAUUUCUAGCUAUAUCAUGCAAGAAGAUCAUUUACAAUUGUAUUUGACUGUUCAAGAAUCCAUGGAAAUAGCUAUGAAACUUAAACAUUCAACCAUUAAGUUAGAUAUUCAAAAUAAAAUCUCUAUUAACAAUUUAUUACAUAAUUUACUUUUACAUGAAAAACGAGAUACUUUAGUUUAUAAUUUAUCUGGUGGUGAAUGUCGACGAUUGACCAUGGCUUUAGAAUUAGUUCGCAGCCCAAAAGUUAUGUUUUUUGAUGAACCUACCACAGGUCUAGAUAUUGUGUCUGCAAACAAUGUUGUUAAAAUUAUGCGAAAAUUGGCAGACUCUGGAAAAACCAUAAUAUGCACUAUUCAUCAAGCUUCAGCUUAUCACUUGACUACUUUUGACACUGUUUAUGUUCUUACUCCUUCUGGUCAAUGUAUGUACAAUGGAGAAUCAUCGCAAAUAGUUGACUAUUUUUCACAUCUUGGAUUUCAAUGUCCAAUUUAUCACAAUCCUGCUGAUUUUGUGAUUGAAUUAAGUUUGGGUGAAUAUGGAAAUUCUAUAGAUACUCUGAUUAAGCUUGUUAUUGAUCAAAACCUGAUUAGUAAAGACAUAACUGAUAAGAGUAUUAACAAUGUACCUAUAAUAUAUAGUCGAGAAUAUUCAUCAAAAUAUUUUUCUGAACUUUGGAUACUUAUGCAUAGAACUUUGCUCACUACUUUUAGGGAUCAUUUUCUAGUCAAGGUAAGACUUUUUGUUCAUUUCUUGCUGGGUAGCAUGUUUGGAAUUGUUUACAUUGGACUUGGGAAAAGCGCUAUGCAUGUUCGAGAUAAUGCAGUGUUACUAUUUUUCUGUGUGAUGUUUAUGACAUAUGUUGCUGCAUUUACCAUGUCUAUAAAAUUUCCAUUGGAAUUAUCGGUAAUGCGAAAAGAGUAUUUCAACCGAUGGUAUUCAUUAAGUUUAUACUACAUAUCUGUGACACUUGUAGAUCUACCAGUUCAAAUAUUCUGUACGUUCCUAUUUUGUUCACUGAUAUACUUGUUAUCUGGCCAGCCUUUUGAACUCUUUAGAAUCUCAAUGUUUCUAUUGAUAUUCAUUGUGACUGGACUUAUGUCACAAGCAAUUGGAAUGUUAGUCAGUACUUUGUGUAAGAGUUUUGUUAUCAACACAGUUAUAGUUGCUUUGAUAUUAAUGUUUUGGACUACUUAUGCUGGUGGUAUGAUAAGAAUAUCAGAUACGCCUAAAAUAUAUCGGUGGUUAUAUGAUAUUUCAUUUAUGAAACAUUCUGUGCAAGGUGUACUACAUUCAAUAUAUGGUUUUGAUCGCACUGUGUUGCCUUGUCCGGUUGUUAGAAGUUUGGGGGAAAGAAGUAAGAACUUAAACGCAUAAGUAUUGAUUUUAAUUUCAUAUUAGACAUCACAUCAUAUGAUGAUGUGAGACAUGGGUAAUAAAUGAUACUGAAAAAAAUCUAGAAGUUUUUGAGCUGUGAUGCUGGAAAUAUAUGGAAAGGCUAAACUGGAUAGAAUGGAAAAUAAAUUAAAUACUUAGAUUGUGGAAUUUUCUUCCACAUACAUUCAUAGAUACAAUUAGAGUAAAACAUUGGAAAUUAGUUAAUCAUUGCCCUAAUAUACUCAAAAGAACUAUUUAAUAUAGUAUUAGAGGAUAUGAUAGAAGAUAAAAAAACAGCUGGAUGAACUUGGAACUCUUAUGUAGGACAAAUUAAAUGUGAUGACCUUUAAGGAGCUUAAAGAAAAGGUAAGCAGUUGAUCAGAAUGGAGAAUUGAAGUUGUAAACCAAUCUGUAGAUUAAAAAAAAAAUGUAGACAAAAUCAAAACUAUUGGUAUUAAAAAAUUGAAUAGCUCAGUUAGCUUUUAAGUCCCAGCACUUUCUAUGUAUAUUUCUUGUAUUCUGUAUAUCGGUAUAAUAAUAUAAAAAUAUUGGAAUAUGAA